AAACUCAGUCAGUCAAUGAACCGGUUUGCGCACCCUAUCCAGAUAAUAAGAGAUCCGAUCAAUGAUGCUUUAUGUGACCACGCCUCUUUAGUAUUUGCCUCAUUGGGUAUUUUGGUGCUGUUCACCUGACUGCUUGCGAAAUUUACCUGGGGAUGACAGCUGUCGCUGUAAUGACUAACGAUCACAUGCUGUAGACUCAAGGGGUUUGAAAAGCUGCGAGUGAUAUUACACAAUACUGCAAGCAUUGCUCAAUAUUGAUGCUUCUUUAGAACCGCGAUAGGCUAGGACAGAAUCCACUUGCGGCUUUGUCCACAUCUCAACAUGGCUCCAACAUGGCUGGCUGUUCUGAGCGUCGUGUGCUGUCAACAACUUAUGGUGCAAGGUGAAGACGUGAAGGAGAUGAAGAAGUGUACGUCCGACGCCAAUGUGACUUUCAACCUGGCAUGCAAGAAUAACGAGAUGAUGUAUUACAUGCAUUCCAAACUGCAAGAUAUGACCGAUGAUUGUAAGCCUGGUGGUGACUGUAACUUCCAACACUCCGUCAGCACGGACACGGACUGCGUGGGGGUUUCGGCUUGUAACAAGACAGUGCGGAAAAGCUGGUAUGAAGAUGGUUGUAACAAGACCGGCUUCUUUCAACCUACUUUAUUAUAUGAGUGUAUUCCUGAGACACCUGUUGACAUCUGUGGUGAGGCUGGUCUUGCAGCUGGUGCUGACAAGUAUGUGUAUCUGAAGUCUCCAUACUACCCCGAGAAGGUCAGCUCUCCGUACCCGAAUCGGACCUGCACCUGUGACAUCCGGGGUUCUGAAAUGAGAUUACAGAUCCUGGAAGCCAAGAUCCUGGCCCGCUCAAAUGACACCAAGAAGUAUACCAUGACUGCAGGCUUCACCGUAUAUCCCAAUGAUAGAGAGGUUAACACUGUCACAGGACAUAUCUUCUCCGGUGUGCUGCCAUUUACAGCUAGAGAGUUGAAGGACGUCAAGCAUGUCAGGCUGGUGUAUAAUGCUGGAGGGAAGGAGGGCAAAGAUGACAACUAUUUGUGGAUGAGAGUUAAAGGUAAAUCAGCCGUGACCGUGGCAUGCAAUGGAGCACCAGAGCCAAGUACACCUGCCCCCGACCCCACCAACAAGGUCGCUCCGACCUACUCAGGGUAUCAUCAGCUGACAGUGGCCAGUCUAGUUGCCGUGGUUACAGCCAUUGUGUUGUUUGGUGCCGCCUAACUCAAGAACUCAUGGCCGCCGACAACAGAAGGGAACCGCUGAGAUGGCCGAAGAAGAUUAGUCAGAAUUUCCUCCACAUCAAAUAUUAAAUUCAAAUAGCAAUAGGAGCUUUAACUGAAAUGUUCCACUCUUCCAUUUACCAUCUGAGAUGUACAAACGGAAAGAAAUAUUUGAGGUUUAAUAUUUUGAAGCAGGGUAAUGCCAGUUGCCCCCCUCACUAAGGUCUGUUCUACAAUCGGGACCUCAUUUCUUCAUACAUAAGGCUAGAGUCCUGUAUCCUAAACUUAUCCUAUAGAUUUUUUGAUGUACGACUACAUGGAGACAUGGCCUUUGAAUCUCACAAGAAAUGUAAGAGCAAGUGUUUUAUAUUUAACUAAACCAAAAACAAUCUUGAACAACAUUUAUCAACAAUCUUUGUAAAACUGUUUAAAACAUGCUUUUCACAAAAUGGGAAAGGAUGUAAAAUAAUGAUUACUGGCAUUCAUUUUGGUGGCAGUAUUGUUUGCCUGCACCUCUGUAAUCUAGUGUUCUCCUCCCUGUGCUACAGAUACGAUGCAUAAGACUUUUGUUAGAUGGUACAUCAUUCCUCACAUUUCCUUGUCUACAUUUGGUUCAGAUACAAAAUACAUCUCUUUUAAGGGCCAGUAUCAUGUUAAUAUCAACAGAAUUCGUAUAUAAUCCCAGUAUAUGAUAUUUAACCAGGAUUAUCAACCAAUAGUGCUCAUCAGUGGAGGAUUAUGAGAAUAUAUGGCAUUUCUCAACAGCUGGGGCAGUGUGUAUCUACUGUACUGACCAGGUUGUUGGGAUCAUUUCUUCUGUAGUUCCAAACAUUUUUAUGUUUUUAAUGUAGACUUUUUAUUGACGACCUUGUAUUCAUAUAUUUAAUUAAUAUGCAGCAGGUGCUUGGCCAGUAAAACGACUCUUCACUCUUGUGUUGGUUGAGUGUAUGGACAUAUAUCAUUUAUUGCUUACACUACCCCCUCCCCAACAUUAUCAGAGUUACUUUGUCAUUUCUGUGCCCCGCCCCGAGAUAUAUGUGACAGUUUUCAGAGACGAUGAAAUCCAUGUACCUUUCAGAUGUCACACAUACAUAAUCUACCAGGCCCACCAUGUUACAUGUCGUACAAUAUUUCAGUGCAAUAAUUUAUAACUAAGAUGGAGAUAUUUUUUAAUGAAAAAAGGUUAUGACAAUCGAUAUCUUUUGUUUUUCUCCAACCAAAACACCUCCAAAUGUAUUUUUCUCAAGAGAUCAGGUAAUUUUUAUGUGUAUAUGUGUUGAGUAUCAGGGUAUAAUCUCAAUCACCUGUGUUCUUGGUUUGUCCAUCUCUUUACACCUAUACGAGUGCCUUUAGUAUGUUGUAUCUUUGUUUUACAUGUUAUAUAUGUCCAACGUGCUACAUAAGUAAGCUAACAUUUAAUCUUGCUUGGCUAUAUGUUUUAGACAAAAAGUUUUGGGUUUGUUUUUUUGAGAACAAGUUUUUGUGUUUGAAAACACUGAGCAUAAUAAAUUUUGUUGAAUUUACA